AUGGGGGGGACCGGGGGGGGGCGCUCGAAGGCGCCACCGGGAGGGACGCCGGAGCCGCUCUCGUCCCCGAUAUGGAUUCGGGGGCGGGAGGCCCGUCCCCGGCGGCGGCGGCGGCGGCGCGGGCCGGAGGGGCCGGAGCGGCCGGAGCGGGCCGGAGGGGCCGGAGGGGCCGGAGCGGCGGCGCGGGCCGGAGGGGCCGGAGGGGCCGGAGGGGCGGCGCUAACGCCGGCGGUUGUGGCCAAGAUCGAGAGGAGCCGACAGCGAGCGCUGCUGCUGAGGCGGGCGCGGGUGGCGAGCGGACCCCUCCCCGCCCUCCGCUCAGGCGGCACUGGUGCACAUCUUCUCCCCAAAGUGAAAGACACGGAGGGCGGAUUCUUUCUGGAAGAAGAAGCGGAGGUGGUGCAGGAGGUGGAUAAAGUGAUCAGUGAGCCAGGACCUUUUCUGGAAUUCGAUUAUUUAAUGUGCGAGGGAUGUGACAAAGAAUUCAUGGAGUCCUUUCUCAGCAAUCGCUUCAAUCUGUCUGUGUGCGAUGCCUGCAGAGAUGCUGAAGGCAAACACAGGCUCAUCACACGGACAGAUGCAAAGAAGGAGUUUCUGCUGAAAGACUGUGACCUGGACAAGCGGGAACCUGUCCUGCAGUACAUGCUGAAGAAGAACCCGCACCAUUCCCAGUGGGGAGACAUGAAACUUUACCUGAGAUGCCAGGCGGCGAAGCGUUCCCUGGAGGUGUGGGGCAGCGAGGAAGCUUUGGAAGAAGCCAAGGAAGCCCGUCAAGAAACUCGAGAGAAAAUGAAGCAUAAGAAAUUUGACAAAAAAGUAAAAGAGCUGCGGCGAGCAGUGAGGAGCAGCCUGUGGAAAAAGCAAUCAGCUGCACAUCAACACGAGUAUGGACCAGAAGAAGCGGAUGUUGAGGAGGACAUGUACAAGAAGACCUGUGUAAUAUGUGGUCACCAGCUAAGCUACGAAAAAAUGUGACGCAGAAAAUGCUGGUCUGCGGUGUCAAUUUGUCUUAAAUUCGAAACUUUGCAUUAUGAAUCUUGUAUAAAAUAAAUCAAUCUUAUAUAAAA